AUGCAAUUCGGCUUAAGAAACCCAGAAUAUCCAGAUGAGAACAUAAUCUCUCGUGGAUGCAUCACUGUGCAAUUUAGCUUCUACAUGAGUGAACUUAGCUUAAUGGAGUAUGACAAUGCGAGGAGGGUGAGAACAGUGAGUGCAGGGGCAUUUACCCUAAAAACAAUCAAGCAGAUAAAUUGUCCCAUUCUUGCUAAAAUCUGCUGUGUUGAGAAGUUCAAGUGGCCUCUCACAAAUGAUAGUGUUGUCCUCAGAGUCACCACUCGCACUUUUAUCAUUGCCCUCCCUGGCCUCUUAUACGCCCUUCAGUUCCCCGGGAUUUGUAGUCGUGAACGCCUCAGAAUCCUUUCAAAUGAGUUUAGGGUAAAUGGUCACUUCCAGGAUCUUAGAGGAAUGAAGUUAGGUGGGAGCUCCAUGGAGUACAAUGAAUCGGGAAUGCUGAGUUCGUUGCGGCCUCAUUUUGAACCCAUAGCACAUGAAGCUCUAAUUGAGAUGGGGAACAUCCCAGGGAUUUCUCGUUUUUGCAUGCAAGAGCACAACUCGAGCUUCCUAAGGGCGUGUCGCAUGUCGGUGAUCACGAAGACGAUAAUGGAAAGCAUGCGCGUGAAGACGAUGACAAGUAGCCUUGUGGACAUCAAAGAAACAAACCCAUCCGAUGAGGAACAAACAGGUAGAGCCUAUGCUGUUGCGAGUACUUACACUCGCCUUGUUGAUGCUGCUGAGUACGCUUCGCUUGUUUCCUGUGGCCUUGGUGAGGAGCUGGAGAAUGUUGUGUCCCCUCUUCGCUUUGGUUCUGUUGAUCUUGGCUUCAAGGUUUGGAAUCUGAAUGAGAUCGGGCUUUUAACUUUUAUGUCUCGCUUUGAGGCAGAUGUUAAAGAGGAAGUGCAAAAUGUGACUGCCCUAGAAGAGUGGUGGAAUUCCUUGGAAGGAACUGCUGGAGUUUCUGAUAAAGACAAGGACCAGGGAUAA